AUGCAUUUUGAAAAUCUGGACGUUUCCCAGGGAGAAGUAUCUCCUCCGCUAUACCAGACUGGAAUGUUGGAGAAACGAAUGGAUGACUAUGGUACUGCAAGAGUCAGGAACCCAAACAAGCUGGUCACAUUUCGCCCUUGUGUGGGAGCGUUACAAACAAGCGGAUGUCGUUUAGAGGGCAUUUUCGUGGUGAAAGUAGUCGAUGACGGGCUUCGUAAACUGUGUCGACCAGAGGAGGAGGAAGAAACUGCAGUAGUUGCCGUAUCCACUGGCGCUGAUAUUGGAGGGUUAAGUGAACCACCUUCAGACAGUUGA